AUGACGGAUAAGAGUGCACAACAGGCAGAGAGCGAUUAUUUCGCCAACGAGCCGCCGCCAAAAGACCUCAAAACGAACACGACUCUUGCGCGCGAAUUCAUCACGCGACAUGCCGAUGAGGGUCGUCGCGUCGUCCUAGUCACUUCGGGUGGCACCACUGUACCUCUAGAACAGCAGACAGUCCGCUACAUCGACAACUUCUCUGCCGGUACGCGAGGAGCCACCAGCGCCGAAUACUUUCUCCAAAAUGGCUAUGCCGUCAUCUUCCUGCACCGCCAAUUCUCGCUCCUGCCCUUUUCGCGGCAUUACUCGCACAACACGCGCUCGUUCCUCGAUUACAUGAAGGAGGAGAACGGACAAGUAGUGGUGAAUCAAGAGCACCAGGAUCAGAUGCUGCGCGUGCUGCGGCAGUACACCGAGGUGAAGCGAGAGAACAAGCUAUUGAUCUUGUCCUACGUGACUAUCACCGAGUACCUGUGGAAUCUGCGCGAGGUUGCGCAGCUCAUGCGUCCACUUGGGCCGAAAGCCAUGUUCUACUUGGCUGCCGCUGUGUCCGACUUUUUUGUGCCACAGGACCGCAUGGUUGAGCACAAGAUACAGUCAAACGAAGAGUUUCACCAGACCGCGGAUGGAACUCGUGGGGGCGAUGUAAAGCCACCAGCCGCGCGCACCGAGGGCAAGAGCUUGAUCAUUGAUCUCGAGCCUGUUCCCAAAUUCCUCAAACAGCUCGUUGAUGGCUGGGCACCCGAUGCAAUGAUCGUAAGCUUCAAGCUGGAGACUGAUCCUUCCCUACUGGUCACCAAAGCCAAAUACGCGCUGAACAAAUACUCGCAUCAUCUCGUCAUCGGAAAUUUGCUGCUCACCCGAAAAUGGGAAGUCGUGUUCGUGUCAGUUCUAGAUGGUGAGAAAUGGAUACGCGUACCUACUAGCCGCAGAACGAAGAGUUUGUCGGGCAUGCCUUCGCUCGUCGGAUUAGCUGAUCAGAAGACAAGGAGGGAUGCUCAGGCGACCGAGUCUAUCGCAACAGAGAAAGGGAUACCGCAGGGCGAGCCAUCGUUGGAAAUCGAAUCUCUCAUCAUCCCUGAGAUCGAGAAGAUGCACACCAAACUCAUAGAGCAAUCGCAAGCAAAAGCCCAAGCUACAUAG